GUAACGCUGAACUUAUGUGCUCGAGGUAACCGUUAGCUGCUGGCUGUAAGCUAAGCUGAGUCAGAAUAAUAAUGCUAAUUACCGUAGCUAACUAGCUAAAUUUUAGGGUUAUUUGACUUAAGAAAUGGAGAGAGACCGAGGUUUUAACUUCAAACUGAUCGUGCCUCCCAGGGUGAAUAAAGGACCAAUGUCUGCUGUUCGACCUCAGGAAAUAGUUGAGAACAGAGGCGAUUUUAUGAAUGCACUGCAGCCAGGUUACAGUGGCUGUUCUGACAAAGAGAAUAGCAUGCCUUUCCCCAAUACAAAUGUGGUUGCACCGACUAAACCACCCAAACAAGACUUUCUCAAGAUGAAAGUCAUCCCACCAAUGGAGAAAGAUGAAAGUAAUUGCAAUCCUGGUCAGCUUUAUUCAAAACUGUUUGAUGAAGUUGAGAAAAUUAAGUGCUGGAAGGCCAAAGUUUAUUCUGAAACUGUGGAAAAGGAAAGAAGGCUCAAAGAUAACAAAAGAACAAUUGAAACUCAACGCAAAGCAAUUCAGGAAUUGCAGUUUGGAAAUGAAAGUCUCAGCAUGAAGCUGGAGGAACAGAUCAGUGAAAAUGAGGAACUGAGGAACAAAAACAAUGCAACAAGGAACUUGUGUAAUAUACUCAAAGAAACUUUUCAGUGGUCAGCUGAGAAAAUGCAUUUAUUUGAAGCUGAAAGAGAAGAAACACACAACCUCCUUACUGACAAAAGUGAGAGUAUUAAGAAACUGAUCGCAGCAUUUGAAAGCCUUCAAAUUCGAGUGGAAGCUGAUCAGCAAGAGAUGCAAAAAGUCAAAGAGGACAUACUGCAAUUUGAACAUCUAAGAGAGAAAUAUCAGCAAGAAUAUAGGAUGAAAGAAGAUGAGAUUACCCUGCUUCAAACAACACUUAAGGACAAGAAAAGUGAACUGCAGAAACUCCUAGUGGACCUUGAUGAAACUCAGAAGCACUGCAACCAACUUCAAGAGACAGCAAAUCAUCAAUUUGAACUUCUCAAAAGUUCACAAACUGAACAGGAAUCCCUUCUUCAAAAACUGCAUGCUGCUGAGCAACGCUGUAGAGAGACUGAAGAAACUAAUGCUGCAGCCCUGCAACAAAGUAAAAAGGAGUAUGUGGAAAUCAUCCAAAGCAAAGAUCUCAGUUUGCAGGAGCUCACUAGAGUCAAAAACCAGCAAGCAGAGGAGCUAGGGCGCAUUCAGACAACCAUUCAGGAGCUAAAGUCUUUACUAGCGCUAGAGAAACAGAGGACCAAAGAGCUUGAGGAUAAACUCAUAGAAAACAAUACUGAACUUGAAAGGAGAAAGACACUUUUAGAGGAGACCAUCGGCCAGGUUGCAAAGAAAGAUGGCCUGAUCAAAAUCCUCGAAGAUGAACUGGACAUAAAAUCUAAAUCCAUUGAGUCCAUGAAGGCUAAAAUUGAUGUCACUCAUGCUAAAAUGGAGGAACUUGUGGCUGAGAUUUCAAGGAAAACUGAAGAAAUCCAUUUGAACAAGAAAGAAGCAGAGAUUGCCUUUGCUGAAAAGGAUUCACUGAAAAAGGCUUGUGAGGCUGCUGAAAAGGCGCAAGAAGAUUUAAAGGAGAAGUCCACUUUGAUUCAGAUCAAAGUGCAGGAGCUGGAGGGACAGCUGUUUACUGAAGUGAAGAAAAAUAAGGAAUACACCAUUCAGAUGGAACAGCUGAGGAAAGACAUGAUGCAAAAUGAAGUAAAGUAUGAAGAGCUAUUAUCGAACUUUAAUGAGCUACAGUCAAAGAACACAGCCAUUCAACAGCAGUUUGAAAAUGGUUUCUCUAAUGUGAAAGCUAUGGAGGCAAACAUGAAGGUGAGUGAGGAGAAGGCAUUAAAACUCAAAAGAGAAAUUCAAAGACUGCAAGAAGAAAACAACACUUUACGAGAUCAAUUAAUUCCAAUCACUACCACAAUCCAUAGGAAAUGCAUAGAAACUGAAACUCAGCAGAAGCAAAUUGAAGAAAAGUACAAGCAUCUCCAGGAGAAAAUCACAGAGAAAGAAAAACAGAUCAGAGCUGUGGAAACAAAGAAUAAAAUGCUUAAGAAACAAAUGGCAAAGGAGAGCGAAAAAUCCAGUGACCUUGAAAAGAUGAUCAACAUCCUUCAUGAGGAGUCCCAGAAUCUUAAACAACUCAGCGACGAAGAACAUGAGAAACUGCUCAAAGAUCUUGAGUCAAAAUCGACCUUUGUGGCAGAACUUAAGAAUGAGGUCCAGAAACUUCAAAUUACAGCAGCAGAGGCCAUUAGGAACAAGGAGGACACAGAACUGAAGUGCCAGCAUAAGAUAGGAGAUAUGGUUGCUCUGAUGGAAAAACAUAAGAGCCAGUAUGACCGGAUGGUUGAAGAAAAAGAUGUGGAACUUGAAGAGAAGAAGAAGAAAGAGAUGGAGGCGAUUGCCCGUGCAAAAUCCCUGGAGCUGGACCUCUCGAAGCAUAAGGCUGAAAAUGAUAAGCUGAAGAAAGAGCUGAAGACGGAAACAAGAGAGAAGGAAAAUCUCCAGAAAGAGUUAACUGAUCUGAAGAAAGAAAUGUCUGCUGUGAAGAUCACUCAGCUGUCACAAGCAAGCAAUAAGCAGGCAACUGUCUCAGACUAUAAACAAGGGAAAGGUUUUGAGACUCCAAAAGAGAGCUCUUCAAGGAGUCAUAUAUUUGACUUCUUCAAGGCCAAGAAAACUCCCUCCUACAGCAAAGAUGGUCAGAGUGCUGCAGCGCUUAAGACAGAUCACAUCAGCAGUGAAGACAUGAAAACCCCAGGAAGUCUUACAAACUUGGCUGGCGGUACAACAAAGAUCAAAUCCUACAGAGUAAGGACACCCCCUUUUUCUGAAAAGGCAUCACAGUGGAAAAAGAGUGCCAUUGAGUUUGACCCCAAGUCUGACAGCUCAGACCAAAAUGAUCUCUUGACCUUUACAAACAUACCUUCACGUAAUAAUUCAGACUCACAAUGCAAACACAACAUCCUCAGAAAGAAUCAGAGCCCAGUCACUCAUAAAUCACCAGGAAACUCCUUAAAGGUGGCUGCAAUGAAAAGAAUGAGAGAUGCUGGUUGGACAGCCGUUACUGGCUGUGACAAAAAAAAGAAGACCAGUGAGAAGAUUUUUGCAUAAAGCGUGGCAGUUAGUGGUGAGAUUAACAGUGACAAUAACGAUAUUGGUAGGGGUAGGUGGCUUGACAUGCAUAGAUAGUUCUGUUGAGAAGGCAUUUUUUUUCUUAACAUGCAUGGAAAAUAUUUCUGUUGUUCAGCUAAAACAUAUUGUUAACAGGAAGAUUUUGGUGUUUAAAGGUAGAUUUUAAGUGACCACAGAGUCACUAUAUUAUUACUUUGUUGUAGUGCUGAUGUUUAGACUAAUUCAUAUUUAAUGUUCACAUGAAACCUAAUUGAUUCUGUAAAAAGGUUAUAUUUCUGGUGUUGGAAGAGUUGCAGUUGUUACAUAUUACUAUGUUAAUAUAUUUAUGUAUCCUAGUGUUGACAGUUAAGCAAGUAAAAGCAAUGUUUAUUAAAAAAAAAAUCUGCA